AUGCUUGCCAGCCAUUACAUCACGUCUCUUUAUACCUUUUAUCCUUUUAAAAUCUACUCAUUAAGUUUCUUGGGUGAUCUAUAUCUUUCUUUCUUUCUUUUAAUCUUUCUGUCGUUCUUUCUUUCUUUCUUCUUGAUUUCUUUCUUUCUUCCUUUUUAUCUUUCUGUCAUUCUUUCUUGCUUUCUUCCUCUCUUUCUUACUUUCUUCCCUCUUUCUUUCUUUCUUUCUUUCUUUCUUUCUUUCUUUCUUUCUUUUAUAGUUUCAUUCUCCUCCCUUUCAUUUCAAGACACAUUUCUUCCUUCCUUUCUUUCUUUCUUUCUUUCUUCCUUUUUCUUCUUUCUUUCUUUCUUUCUUUCUUUCUUUCUCUUUUUUCUUCUGUUAUUCUUUCUUUCUUUCUUUCUUUCUUUCUUCUUGAUUUCUUUCUUUCUUCCAUUUUAUCUUUCUGUCAUUCUUUCUUGCUUUCUUCCUCUCUUUCUUUCUUUCUUUCUUUCUUUAUUGUUUCUUUCUUUCCUCUGUUAUUCUUUCUUUCUUUCUUUCUUUCUUUCUUGUUAUCUUUCUCUCUUUCUUACUUUCUUCCCUCUUUCUUUCUUUCUUUUUUUUUCUUUCUUUCUUACUUUCUUCCCCUUUUCUUUCUUUCUUUCUUUCUUUCUUUCUUUCUUUCUUUCUUUUUUCUUUCUUUCUUCUGUUAUUCUUUCUUUCUUUCUUUCUUUCUUUCUUUUAUCUUUCUCUCUUUCUUUUCUUCCUUUUUCUUUCUUUCUUUUUUUUUCUUUCUUUCUUACUUUCUUCCCUCUUUCUUUCUUUCUUUCUUUCUUUCUUUCUUUCUUUAUUGUUUCUUUCUUUCCUCUGUUAUUCUUUCUUUCUUUCUUUCUUUCUUUUUUCUUGAUUUCUUUCUUUCUUUUUUUCUUUUAUUUUUUCUUUCAUUCUUUCUUGCUUUCUUCCUCUCUUUCUUUCUUUCUUUCUUUCUUUCUUUAUUUCUUUCUUUCUUUCCUCUUUUAUUCUUUCUUUUUUCUUUUUUCUUUCUUUCUUUCUUUUCUCUUUCUUCUUUCUUUCUUCCUUUCUUUCUUUCUUUUUUUUCUUUCUUUCUUACUUUCUUCCCUCUUUCUUUCUUUCUUUCUUUCUUUAUUGUUUCUUUCUUUCCUCUGUUAUUCUUUCUUUCUUUCUUUCUUUCUUGUUAUCUUUCUGUCAUUCUUUCUUUCUUUCUUCCUCUCUUUCUUCCCUCUUUCUUUUUCUUUCUUUCUCUCUUUUUAUCUUUCUUUCUUGCUUCCUUCUUUUUCUUACUUUCUUCCACCUUUCUUUCUUUCUUUCUUUCUUUCUUUCUUUCUUUUUAUCUUUCUGUAUCUCUUUUUAUCUUUCUGUCUCUCUUUCUUACUUUCUUCCCCUCUUUCUUACUUUCUUCCCCUCUUUCUUACUUUCUUUCCCCUUUCUUUCUUUCCCCUUUCUUUCUUUCCCCUUUCUUUCUUUCCCCUUUCUUUACCAUCCUAUCUAAAUCUUUCUAUCUAUCUAUGUAAUAAACGAUGGUUUUUCUAUCUAUCUAUCUAUCUAUCUAAUAUUCUUAAUCUAUCUAUCUAUCUCAUUCCUUUAAUAUUUCUAUCUUUUUUUUUUUUUAAUCUAUCAUUCUAUCUAUCUAUCUAUCUAUCUAUCUUGAUUAAAAAUCUAUCUAUCUAUCUAUCUAUCCAAUAUUCUGAUCUAUCAUCAUAUCUAUCUAUCUAUCAUCUAUCUAUCUAUCUAUCUAUCCAAUAUAUAAUCUAUCUAUCUAUCUAUCUAUCUAUCUAUCUAUCUAUCUAUCUAUCUAUCUCCGUCUUCUUCUUAAUUAUUUUAAAUUAUAAUUUGGCAAAAAUUUUAUCUAUCUAUCUAUCUAUCUAUCUAUUUAUCUAUCUAUCUAUGACUGUUCAUUUUUACAGAUUUUAUUAUCUAUCUAUUAUUUUUCUAUUUAUCUAUCUAAAAUCUAAAACUAUCAGUCUGUCAAUAUCUUUAUCUAUCUAUCUAUCUAUCUAUCUAUCUUUAUCUAUCUAUUUCUAUUUUCUUCAGAUUAAUCUAUCUAUCUUUCUAUCUAUUUCAUAUCUAUCUUCUAUUUUAUCUAUCUAUCUUUUUGAUUUAUCUAUACUGAUAUUUCAAUCUAUUUAUUUCCUUUGA